AUGCGGUCAAUCGAGCGUCUGGGCGCCGCAAUUUGCGUUCUUCUGACGAUGUUAUGGAUCAUGAGCGAGUUGAGGACAAUACAGAUUCGAUGGCAGGACUAUCUAUCCAGUCGUGGGCCAAGUCUCGUGCCUUCUAAGGGGACUCCCACACGAUUACAUACCUCUUCCACUGGUCAUAGACGUCCCUCGAUAUCUGAUCUUUCGCCGUCGCGCGGAGAAAAAAUUGGUUCAUUACAAAUAACCAUUGACGAGGUGGCCAGCACGGAUAUUAUGGCAAUGGAUCGCAUCAUCGUCGUUGGGAAAAUGAAACACGAACAGACGGAAUGGAUUGCAAAAGAGCUGCCCGAAUGGCGACGUGCAGUCUACACCGUCGACGAUCCCACAGCACCCCUCCGAGUAACCAAAAACAAAGGAAAAGAAGCCAAUGUAUAUCUCCGAUACAUCAUCGACCACUACCACAACCUCCCAUCGAUCAUCGUAUUCCUCCACAGCCACCGCGACGGCUGGCCCGAAGCAUGGCAUACCGAGUUCGAAGAACACAGCAACGUGAACACCAUCCAGCUCCUCCAAACAGAUUUCGUCCAACAGAACGGCUACACCAACUUACGCUGUAACCACAAUCCCGGCUGUCCGGAUGAAAUCCGCCCAUUCCGUGAACCCAGAGACGAGUCGCGAUUAUCCGAGAUCGCAUUCGCCGAUGCAUGGAAGGCACUUUUUAAUAGCACUGAUGUUCCGGGAAUCGUCGCUUCGCCGUGCUGUGCGCAGUUCGCCGUGUCGAGGGACCAGGUGCUAAAGCGUCCGCUUGCUAGUUAUGUGCGCUAUCACCGGUGGCUCAUGGAUACGAAUUUACCGGAUGAUAUCAGUGGGAGGGUGAUGGAGUAUAUGUGGCAUGUCAUCUUCGGGCAGGAUCCCGUUCAUUGUCCAGAUAUGGAUCAAUGCUUUCAAGAUGUAUAUGGAAUUUAA